GACGCCUUCUUCUUCUUCCUCCCCAAGAAGCUCGCCGCCACCUCCCCGCCCAGCUCCCGAACCCCGCCGCCACCUCGCGCAAUCGCAGAUCACACCAAAGGCAAUGGCGUCCCCCGGACCCUCUGCGCAGCCCAGCCCCGCGCACGAGCCCUCCGCACCCGCCGUGGCUGGACAAGAAGAGGCGCCGCGAGAACCGGCCCCGGAAGCAGCCGCGCCCUUAGCGGCGGCGACGGAGAAGGUGGAGGGGGAGGAAGAGGAGGAAGAGGAGGAAGGGGAGUGCGGGUUCUGCCUCUUCAUGAAGGCCGGCGGCUGCAAGGACGUCUUCGUGGCGUGGGAGGAAUGCGUGGAGGCGGCGCAGAAGGAGGGCACAGAUAUGGUCGAGCGCUGCCACGAGGCCACAGCCAACCUCAAGAAAUGCAUGGACGCGAACGCCGACUACUACGCGCCCGUGCUCCAGGCCGAGCAGGCCGUCAACGAGCGCGCCGAGGCCGAGGCCGAGGCCGCCGCCGCCGCCGCGGCUGACGCCGGGAAAGGGGAGCCAGCAUCCGAUGCGGAGAAGGAGGAGGAAGCCGUGCCGCACCAGGCUGCUCCCUCCCCGCCGGCCGCCGGCGAGGGGAAGAAGGAAGAGGCAGUCAUCGAGAGGGUUUGAGUAACUAACAAUUGGUAGGUUGGUUAUUGGGUUCAUACUUCCUGAGGUUAAUUUUGGUUCCCUUUGUGGGGAAAUAAGGCUGUUCUACGCGUAAUUGCUGGACGCGGCACGCAAUUUAUUGAAGAAAUUUUGAUCAUGUGAUGUGAUCUUGAUCCUGAUAUUGCUAUCUGUUGAUGUAUGCUACUCUUUCCACUGAAACUGUAGGGAUACUGGCUGUCUUCAUGCAUUGAAAUUACUGAA